AUAUAUAUAAUACACAUUUACAAUCAUUACUUCCAAUUCGUAAAUAUUUGAAGAACCGCCAUGGGAGAGAAAGAAAACCUGGCGCCAAGUUCAGUGAACUCUGUUUCAGUGCAGAUUCCGCCGCACUUCGUUCUCGUUCAUGGCAUAAGUGGAGGAGGUUGGUGCUGGUACAAAAUCAGAUGUUUAAUGGAGAAUUCUGGCUUUAAAGUCACUUGUAUUGAUCUCAAAGGCGCUGGAAUCGAUCGCUCUGAUCCGAAUUCCGUCUUCAAUUUCGACGAUUACAAUCAGCCUCUGCUCGAUUUCAUUUCUACUUUGCCGGAAAACGAACAGAUCAUUCUGGUUGGACAUAGCGCUGGAGGAUUAAGUGUUACUCAAGCGACGCUUAAGUUCGCGAAGAAAAUCCGUUUGGCGGUGUAUGUAGCGGCAACGAUGCUGAGAUUUGGAUUCCAGAAUGAUCAAGAUAUUAAAGACGGAGUGCCAGAUUUUUCUGAAUAUGGAGAUGUUUACAGCCUAGGAUUUGGACUAGGAUCCGAACAACCUCCCACCACUGCGGUCAUCAAGAGGGAAUUCCAACGUAAAAUCGCCUAUCACAUGAGUCCCCAAGAGGAUUCGACACUAGCAGCGAUGCUACUGAGACCAGGGCCAAUCCAGGCGUUAAUGUCUGCAGAGUUCAGAGAUGAGGAGCGCAGCAGCAGCGAGGAGGAGGGCGCAGAGAAGGUGAAACGAGUGUAUAUAAGAACAAUGUACGAUCGAGUAAUAAAACCGGAGCAACAAGAAGCCAUGAUAAAGAAAUGGCCACCAGAAAUCGUAUACGAAAUGGAUACCGAUCAUAGCCCUUUUUUCUCCAAUCCAUCUCUACUCUUUGGCUUGCUUGUAAAAAGCUCUACCCUAAAUAUGGGGGGAUAUGUAAUUAAUUAAUUAAUUAACUAAACAUUUUUUUUUCUUUUUAAAAUUUGAUCUUUUCUUCCUA